UAAAAUUGAUUUAUUAUUAAUAUCUUUAUAUAUUUAAUAGAUUAAUGUAAAUAAUUAAAUAAAUGUAAUUAAUGAAAUAGACCUAAUAAGGCUAGUAUGACUUUUUUUUAUGGUAGAUAAAAAUGGUAUUUCUCUUUUAAUACAGAAGAUUAAUGGAAAAGUUGAGGAUUCUAACCGUUGAGGAUCAAAAUGAUACUGGAAUUAAUUCAAAAAUUACAUACUAUAUGUCAUUCUUCCUCUUGUCCCUUGAUUUUCAUUUCAUUACAACUAAAUCUUUAUUAUUUUCUAAAACAUCGUAUAGUCGCCACAAACAAUGGAGAAACUGAAUGAAAAUAUGGGGGUUUAAAUUGAAAACGUAAUCCGUAUAAAGUAUUAAGACCCAAUCUAUAAAUAAUCCAAACUAACGGAAACGUUCCCACUUUCCCUCUCAAAGCUCUCAUAAUAAUCUCAUUAAAUCCCUAAAUUCAAUAAUAUAAAUUUCAAAACCACUCUUUCGUUUUCUCCAAACCACAGCUUCAAAAAUCGCGUUCUCUACAGUGCGAUCGGAGACGAUGGCGGCGAAUCUGACGGCGGGAGCGAUCGCGAAGAUGCUGAGCGGAGAAGUGAAGGAGGAGAAAGAGAUGACGCCGAUCCUGCAAGUGACGGAGAUAAAGAUGAUCCAGCAAGUGCGGAGGAACCAGGAGCUGAGCGUGGAGAGGUACAAGGUCGCCUUGUCCGACGGGAUCCAGUCGCAAGAAGGCAUGCUUAGCGCUACCUCCAACGCUCUCGUCAAGCAAGGGAGCAUUCAAAUCGGAUCGAUUCUCAGACUCACUCGAUUCAACUGCAGCCCCGUAAGGAAUCGAAGGAUUGUUAUUGUUAACGAGCAAGAGAUUAUUGCGGAGAAAUGUAAUAUCAUUGGGAAUCCUCUUCAAUUGUUGACUCCUAAUGCACAAACCAAUAGUGUAGCUAGUUUAGCUCAAGCUCAAGUUGCUCAAAGACAAGCCUUUGGUACUAGUACUGGUUUUCACCAGCAACAGGCUAUAAGGACUGAAGUCAAUGGUGUAGCCAGUUUAGCUCAAGCUCAAGCUGUUCAAAGACAGACCUUUGGUACUAGUUAUAACCAGCAACAGGCUACAAGGAGUGUAGCCAAUUCAUCACAAGCUCAAUUUGCUCAAAGACAACCCUUUGUUUCUGGUACAUCACCUUCUGCUAGGCCAUACGUGAGCAGCUCGAAUGCAGGUUACGGAAGCUCUAGGCAGGAGCAGACUUAUUAUUCUCGUCCACCGGUGCAGCCUCAGCCACCAUCUAUGUAUGCUAACAGGAGUCCAGUGGCUAGGAACCAAGCUACUCCAUUGAUUAUUCCCAUCGCUGCUCUUAACCCUUACCAGGGUCGGUGGACUAUUAAGGCUAGGGUCACGAGUAAAGGAGAGCUUAAGACUUAUAAUAAGACUCAUGGGGAUGGGAAGCUAUUCAGUUUUGAUCUCCUUGAUGCUGACGGUGGGGAGAUUCGUGUUACUUGUUUCAACGAGAUGGUUGAUAAAUUCUUUGAGGUGAUUGUUGUUGGUAACGUUUAUCUGAUCUCAAAGGGAACUUUGAAGCCUGCUCGGAAAGAGUAUAAUCAUCUCCCUAAUGACUAUGAAAUACAGUUAGAGAAUGGGUCAACUGUAGAGCAAUGCUAUGAGGAUGAUGCGGCCAUUCCGCGGAAUAGAUUCCGUUUCUGUUACAUAAGUGAUGUUGAGAACAUGGAGAGCAAUAGUAUCGUUGAUCUUAUUGGUAUUGUGUUGUCCAUCAGUCCGACUGGUUUAAUCAUGCGGAAGAGCGGAACUGAGGUGCAGAAGAAGGCAUUUCGGUUGAUGGAUAUCUCAGGGAGAAGCGUGGAAGUAACUAUGUGGGGUAACUUCUGCAACGCAGAAGGACAGAGACUGCAAAGUCUUUGUGACUCUGGUGCAUUCCCGGUUCUUGCUGUGAAGGCGGGGAGGGUCAGUGAGUUUAACGGGAAACAAGUGAGCACCAUUGGAUCAAGUCAACUCUACGUAGAGCCAGACUUCCCUGAAGCUAGAGAAGUGAGGGAGUGGUACGAGAGAGAAGGACGUAAUGCUCCUUGUAUCUCGAUAUCUAGAGUGUCUUCCGGCGUUGGCAGACAAGAGAUUCGCAAGGUGAUCACUCAAAUCAAGGAAGAGAAUCUAGGGACCUCAGAGAAGCCAGACUGGAUCACAGUCACUGCCACCAUUUCAUUCAUGAAGGUUGACAAUUUCUGCUACACAGCUUGUCCCAGCAUGAAUGGAGAUCGUCCAUGCAGCAAAAAGGUGACUAAUAACGGAGAUGGGACUUGGCGGUGCGAGAGAUGUGACAAAUGCGUGGAUGAAUGUGACUAUAGGUAUAUAUUGCAGCUACAGUUACAGGAUCAUACAGGCGUAACCUGGGGCACUGCGUUUCAGGAAGCUGGUGAGGAGAUAAUGGGAAUGCCUGCGAAAGAUUUGUAUUAUCUGAAGUAUGAGGAACAGGAUGAGGAGAAAUUUGAAGACAUCAUCCGCAAGGCUGCUUUCACCAAGUACAUUUUCAAGCUGAAGGUUAAAGAAGAAACUUAUGGUGAUGAACAACGUGUGAAAGCAACAGUUGUGAAAGCUGAGAAGCUGGACUACUCUCAAGAUACCAGGUCCCUCCUAGAGGAAAUACAUAAACUCAGAACGGAAACUAUGAACCCAGAGAGUUCCAGCUACAGGUCUAGUGCAUUUAACUCCGGUAUGGGAACCUCAUCAGUGGAGGUGCCACGCAGAGAAUUUGGGUUACCUGCAGCAAAUCAAUUCAGUAGCGACCCAAGACCUCUAGGUGGUAUGAUUUUGUGUGGCGCAUGUGGGAGCAAUGGUCAUGUUUUUGCUAACUGCCCAAGCUUUAUGAGUGAGCCACAAGGACAACACUAUGUGAUGAGCACACAGGGGAGAAACACAGGAAGAGGCAUGCCAAGGCAACAUGUUGGCAGUAGCUACUGAAAGACUUUAGUAACUAUAUCACAUCUCCAUCAUUAUCUUUAUACAUUUGGAUACUCAGGUCAGAGGCUGUUUUGACCGUUUCACGUUCACUUUAGUUUUCUUUUUCUUGGUGCUUUGUAUAAAUCUCUUCACCGUUAAAUAAGCUAAAGUUAUAUGAUCAAAAUCA